AUGCACAUCUCUGUGUGGGUGCUUUGGAUAGGCCUUUGCCUCAGGUUGAAAGCGGUGCUUGUGACAGAGAUCGAGAUUAUCACGGUCACCCAAAUCUCGUACACGGGCCCGUACGAGUUUAAUGCCACCUUUGCCCAUAUUAUGCUUAACCACCACAACCACAAGCGGAAGCUCCACCAUGCCCAGCAAGUAUCAUGGAAUAACACACUCUACGAUUACGCAGCAGGUUUCGCGAACCAGUACGACUGCUCAGGGGAGUUGACACACUCGGGUGGGCCGUACGGUGAGAACCUAGCGGCCGGAUACUCUCCGUCCGGUGCCAUCGAUGCAUGGUACCGCGAGGGUGAUAGCUAUGAUUACGCACAACAUGAUGUGUACAACCACUUUACUGCCCUCGUGUGGAAUGAUACCAGUCAGAUGGCCUGUGCCACCACCUACUGCGGUACGGUGUGGGGGAGUUACAUCGUGUGCUCGUACUAUCCGCCAGGGAAUUUUGUGGGACAGCUGGAGCAAAAUGUGUUUCCGGUGUGA